UGCAGCUAAGCUAACCGGAUCCUAUGACCGGAACCAAGGGGUUGACUCGACGCCUCUCAUGCACUCAGGCAGGAGAUCUGAAACCUACAAAUAGCCAUCGGUUAGCAAACAUAGUCCUCCGGUGUUAAAGACGAAACCAUGGUGUCUGCUGCGGUGCUCUUUCUUUUAACUGUCGGUUCUGUCUGCGGAGAAGCUGCAGCAGAAAGGAAACUAGUAUAUGUGACUGUGUUGUUUCGGCAUGGUGACCGGUCUCCAGUCAAAGCCUACCCUACUGACCCACACCAAGAGAGCGACUGGCCACAAGGGUUUGGACAGCUAUCACAGACGGGGAUGCGGCAGCACUUUGGUCUGGGCCAGUUUCUGAGGAAUCGGUACAAAGGAUUCCUUAACGAAUCCUAUGAGAGACACGAGAUCUCCGUUCGCAGCACAGACUACGAUCGGACCCUGAUGAGCGCCGAGGCAAACCUUGCAGGUCUCUACCCGCCCACUGGUCAGCAGGUCUUUGAAGAAAACUUGCAGUGGCAGCCAAUACCUGUACACACGGUGCCACAAAGUGAAGAGAUGCUACUCUCUUUUCCUUUGGGUGACUGUCCUCGCUACAAACAGCUGAUGAACGAAACUGAACACACGGCGGAAUUUAUUAAUGUCACCAAUACAUAUCAGGACAUUGUAGAGCUGGUGAGGAAUAAAACCGGACUGAAUAAGACUAAUGUUGAAUCAGUCUGGAGCGUGUACGACACACUCUUCUGUGAGUCCCGUCACAACAUGUCCGCUCCUGACUGGGUGACUCCUGAUGUCAUGGAGAAGCUCCGAGUGCUCAAAGACUUUAGUUUUCAGAUUAUGUUUGGAGUCUACAAACAACAAGAGAAGAGCCGGCUGCAGGGAGGUAUCCUGCUGGGUGAAAUAGUAAAGAAUCUUUCCAAGAUGUCCGUCCCAGACCCGAAACAGAGACUGAAAAUGAUGAUGCUGUCAGCGCAUGACACCACUGUAGCCGCUCUUCUGGCCAGUUUGGAUGUGUUCAAUGGAAUACAGCCGCCAUAUGCCUCCUGUCAAAUAUUUGAGCUGUACAGGGACAAUGGCUCUGUUUCAGUGUCGAUGUUCUACCGGAAUGACAGCACAGUGGAGCCGUACCCUCUGCAGUUACCAGGCUGCUCCCUUGACUGCCCCCUAGAGGACUUUGUGAGAAUUACAAAGCUCUCUAUUUCAGAAGACAGGGAGAAAGAGUGUCAAGUGCAUUCCGAAGGGAGAGAUAAAGAAGUGAUCAUCAGUCUGGCAGUGUCGGGCAGUCUGCUCUUCUUCCUCAUCGUCGUCCUCCUUGGCGUUCUUUGUUGGCAGAAGGAGCCAAUUAGCAAACGGGGAUACCAACAUGUGGCCAACCAGGAAGUCGUAGAGGAAUCCUGACGGAAGCACAAACUCCUCCCUAGGAGAUCGACAAGCCCGGCAUCUUGGGACAGCAGCGAUGACGAUGAACUUUAAACUCUAAAACUCCAGAGGUACCUUCUUGAUGGUUUCAUCAACCCAUUUGGGUCGGAACCCACAACGAUUAGGGUUUUUUUUUUUUUUUUUUUUUUUUUUAUUAAAAUGGUGAGUUGUUGUCCAAAAUGACCUUGUCUGUUGGGUCAGAAAGAAUUUUUUAUUUUUAAGAUUUUAGAGAAGCACAGCUUUUAAAAACUGUUUCUUCAUCACUCUAAACUAACAUGAGUGAGACAUUGUUGGAGGGACCAGGAUUGAUUUCUACAUCAAGAAAAUGUAGCAGGGAAAACUUUUUGUCAGCUAAAGUAACUGCUGUGUGUGUUCCCAGCGUGGUCUGGUCGGAUCAGCCAAAUUAUUUCGUGAUCUUAACAAAUAUGUCACAUUUGUGCUUGGGGAAAAGACUGCUCGACCUAGUUUUUUUUUUUUUUUUUUUUUUUUUUAAAGCUAUAAAGGCAUUUUAUGAUUUUAUUUAGACAGAGAGAAGAGGGGGGAGAGAGAGAGGGGAAGACAUGCAGCAAAGGGCCAAAGGCUGGACUCAAACCCAGGCCGCUGCAGUUAGGACUGAGCCUUAAUGGUUCGCACCCUACCCGGUAGGCUACCAGGGCACCCCCGGUCCGUGUCUUUUUGUGUGUUUUGGAACUUGAAUGGCUGCAGAAAAGUUUAGAAAGUCAAUGCAAAAGUAGUGACAUAGUUUUUAUUUUAAAUAAUGUAAUAAUGGUCUGGAAACGUGAUGGGAAAUGGUAUGGUCUUGGUAAUGUCAUUGCAAAAUCUUAUUUAAAAAAACAUUUUUUAGUGUUUUGCAUUAUGCUUUUCUUCCUUGUUUUUUUUUUUUGGUUUUUAAAACCGCAAAAAUAGGUCUUUAACUGAUAAGAAAAGGCAUAAGAUUAAUUCAAACUUCAUUAGCUAAAAAUGUUUUAAUAUUGAAUCCCAGUCCAGAGGUUUCCACAAGUUCUUAAAAAUAAAAAAAGAUGUGUGUCUGUUUAUGUGCAGGUGUAUUCACCACGUGUUAGCUCAUCUGUGGUCUCGUCCAUGUACAGUAUGUGUGCACGUUGACUCUUAGGCCUAAUUACCGAGAUGCCUUAACCAUUAUUAAUAUGGGGUGUUUUAAUUUUGUUCGGAUAUAUCACAUUUUUUGUAGGAUUUCAAGUUUUUGAAAUUAACUUCUUCAAAAAAAAGUGUUUUGAUUUAUCAAAGGAGCACCAGGGUGGUGUUGAAUUUUGAAAAUGUCUCUGAGAGAGCUGGCCUAAGCCUUGUGAGAGACAUUAAGCAUCCACCCCCAAGUGUCCUUUAGCAAAAUAGCAAAUCAAAGCAAAAUAGAUGACUCUCUUUUGGGUGACAAUGAGAAUCUAAUCAGUUUGCAAUUAUAUAAACCAGCUUCUUACAGAUAGAGCUUACAGCAGAACAGAGCAAAAUAUAAACCCAUGAACUCUGAAAACACUGUUUUGUCUUUUGAACCAAUCAUUCAAAAUGCAGAACAGAUAUGGGAUGCUUUAACUUAAGAGAUAUUAUGAAAACCACAGGCCGUACCUAAAACUUUAAGCUCAAGCAGUUUUAGAAAAAGACACCCAGGGUUUUAUACAGCGGGUGAUGGACGUUUCUUUGUUUGCCUUGGGUCUUUGGUUGGGUUGUUAAUAUCUAAUGUAUACAAAUAUUAAAAAUCUCAAUGCAGGCCUGACCCUGACCGGGAUCUUGCUUUUCUUCAAGUCAGGGUUCUGGACAUUAUUUGCACAUCUUUAAAAUCAUCAUUCUUUGUUGUUACCUCAAAUAUGGAGAACACAUCUUUGCUAAAAAAAUUCAAAACACUUGUCACAAUUACAAUAUACAAUACAAUUAAGGUUAUUUUAUCAGGAUUUCAAUUUGUUUUCAUGUUUUGUGAAAUUAUUCAGACUUUGAGAAUGUAUUGAUUGUAAAUGUUUUUUUUUUUUUUAACAAAUAAAUGAUCAAUGCGAAUGUUUGUAGAUACAACAUAGAGCAGGGAAUAUCUGUGCCUAUGGAUUCCUUUUGCCUAACAUGUGUUUGUCUCAGGAAACAGCUACACAACUUGGCUGUGUUUUGUAGUGAGCUGGCCAGCUGCUGUCUUGACUUAAUUUCGGAUGUUCCUCAUAAAGUUGUUAACUGGUAAACUCAGACACAUGAUCAGCUGCAGGAGUUCAUUUAUGUGCAUAGUGCACAUUUAGCGGUGGUUUGAUUAUCCUAAUGUGGUGGUGACAUACUGAUCUGACUGCAGAGGUAGAAAGGGCAGUAAACUACCUUUUUUGUGUAAUGUUUCAUAGAACACUUUUAUAGAUUCAUAUUUAUGAAGUUUAACUAGAGAGAUUAGGGUGAUCAAUUAGACAAAUUCUGGUUCACUUGUCUUAAAAACAGUGCAGUAGGCCUUUAUUUCAACAUGGUAGUGUUUUCUUGCAUACAUCGUUAGUGAUCUAUCGCACAAUAGGUUACAUUCAGUAUGGCCGCGGAUAAAACAACCCAUAACAUGAGACAAUUCAUAAAGUAAUUAUCACUGCCAUUUUAUAGCAGAUAAAGCAACAUGUUCUACAUAAAUUAUAUCACAUUGGAAAGAAAAUAUGACACUGAGUUCUUGCACUCUGAUGUUAGAAGCAUGCACUGCAGAUGUGCAAUGUUAACUGGACCCAACAACCUCAUUUCCAUCAUUUUACUUCAGUGUUCUGUGAAACUUGUUGAUACAAGUAAUGCAACUAGCUUUUUAUUUGGGUAGCAUUUUUUUUUUUUUUUCCAUUCAGUCCUGACACUGAUACACACCGAUUUUGGUCUGAGAACUGAGUCAAAUAAUGAAACUAAAAUCGCACAACAGUCUCAAAACACACAUGGAUUAGAAAUCGAUUAACUAGACACACAAACAAUUAAAAACACAUCAUCCAACCAUUUCUUGUGCAAAAUUUUUUUAAGAAUUAAAGUAUUAUGACAAAAUGUGAUGGCACAUGAUAUUUCCUUUCUCAAACACAAUGAUUGAAGAAAAAUACAUAAAACAAGUAGGAGAUGAAAUCCUACAUUCAGGCCCAAAGCCUUUUUUUCUGAAGGUGAACGAAGUGCAAAUUGUUGCCUCACAACUCAGAGGAUCUGAUUACAUGAAAGGUUUUUGGUCAAACUUAUGUUUUAGAGACAUUUUUAAUGUGCAAUCCUUGGGCUGAUUUCUACUGAAUGUAGGUAACAUUUUAAUACUUUAGUCUCCAAAUGAUACUAAUAAUGCUACUGCCCAGAAAAAUCAAUGUUUUUAAUCCCCAACAUUCAGCAACUUUACAGUGUAUGGCACUCCCUGUUUUAGGUUUUCACAUAGUUUUGAUUGUAUAAUUAUGGGAAAGGAAACCUGGAUUUGGCUGCCGUUUAAUAUAAUCCAACAGCAGUGGCACGUUCCUGUAUCUGAGCAGAUUUUGUUGAAGCCUGAGCUGGUUAUUAAAGUCAUUGUUAAAACUGUUCCUCCACCACUAAUUGUCAUAAAUGCAUUUGUUAGAUGUUACAUUUUUCACACACUUACAUAUUGACCAAGCUUGUGCUAUUGAGAUUGAGAAUAACAUGCAUAUUACAGCUACAUAUAAGCUUCACAUAUAUUUUGCGUCUGUAAGCAGUUUGUGGAUGAUUCUUGUGAACACUAAAAUAAACUGACCAGUAUUUU